AUGGCUGGUACUCUGGAGAAGGAUCCGUUCGAGGAACUGCCCCCGUACGACGCAGACAAUGACAGCACCGCCGCCUUCGCCGCCGCCAGAGGCACAGCCAACUCGGACGGCGAGGAUGGCCACACAGUCACGAGGAACCAACGAAACGUGUUUGAUUACAUGUCAUACUGCUGGUAUAAACAAGGGAUAUAUGGAUGA